GAACUCCGGAACCGGUGGUGCCGCCAGACACAGAUGAAGAGGCAGCUGGCCUCUCCCGGGCUGUCAACGAGCCAACUUCCCAUCCACCAGGUUCUCCGCCAGACUCGAGCAGGAUCUGUUCCCCAACGCUAUGGAGAGCUCAAGACAUGUCAGGCAUGAAGACUCAUGAAAGAUCAGGCUGCGUCCUCCUGGCGAAUCCGCGGUAUAAUGAGCAGGAGAGGGUCAAGAGCAUCCUUGACAUGGAGUCAGAUAUGUGGGAGGGUUUUCUUGCUGACAAAGUGUAUGGUUGCGCCUCAUACGACGUCAAUGCCGUCGCAGAUCCUGUGCCAGCUGGUCACAAGCCAUGUGGUGAUAUAAGAGGGCAGGCAGCCAUCAUCGCAUAUGUUGACCAAGAUGAACUGAAAGCCUUCAUGUUCACUCGUUUGCCGGAGCUCGACAAGAGCAAGUACAAGCGGAAGUUCUAUCGCUGUGCCUGUAAGGAAUUGUACAAGGCACUGUUUCUACACAUCCUUGGCAACAAACGCAUCAAGGCUUUGACAAUCACUGAGGAGCUGCAAGUAAGCAUCUACUGGCCGGAGCGCGACCGGGAAAUCCUUGAACAAGCCGGCUUUCCAAAAAUGUCACGCGGUGUAGGGCAAUUUGCUGAAGAUCGACGGCAACUUCAAGAGCACAGGCGAAUGGCCCAGGGAAUGCGUAACAGAUCACUGCCUACAAAAUACAUCAAGCUGAUCCAGGACGCUGAGGAGAAGAAGGGUAAGUUUGGGACAUCCAUCGCAGUGACCAUCUGCGACGUGAGUGAGACAAAUCACAAGGAAAUGGUGGUUGCUCUUGCCGGUGCGGUCUCUCCGGAUGGCAAGCGUCUUCUGGCACGUGAUGUGCAUAGUGGCAGGCUUCUCGAUGCCAACCUAAACUUUGUGCGUCACUUUGAGAAGCAGAACAGGAAGACCAAGCUGUGGGUCCUAACAGCAGAGGCGGCGCUCAAGGACAAACAUGGCUUGAAGGACCGACUUCUCGUUUCAGAGGAGAACACCAAGGAUCCAAGCAUGCUUCACGUCACCUACCCCAUUUCCAUCCAGUGUCCUUCUUCAGAUGUUGUCAGGGCAACCAGCGAGAACAUCAAACAGAUCGCAAAAAGUUCUGCCGCGCUCCGUGCAGGAGGAUGCAACGACGCGGGCUGGAAUGGAGACUAUCGAGUGUGGCCCAAAAAUGUCGCAGACUGGCAUCAGCAGCCUAGCUCAAGUUACUCCAAAGGACGUUAG